UAGUUUGCAUCGUCAGUAGAGGGGAGAAACGCCCCCUCCGACCGCAUGACGUCAACUGGGUAGGCGGAGAGGAGACAGUAAGGGAAGGCCUGAGCUAUAUAAUACCGUCUGCGGUGGUGGACUGACAUCACACUUCACCAUGAAGCUCCUGAUUAUCUUCGCCUCAGUGAUCGGGGCGGUCGUCUGCGAUACUCAGCAGAUCUACGGCGCGCCCUCUGGUGGCAGCUUCUCUCACGGCGGAGGAGGCUUCGGCGGCGGCGGCGGCGGCGGCGGAGGAGGAGGAGGAGGAGGAUAUGGCAGUGGAGGAGGCGGCGGCGGAGGCUUUGGAGGAGGCUUUGGAGGAGGCUUCUCUUCUGGAGAGGGAGGAGGAGGAGGAGGAGGCUAUGGCGGUGGUAAUGGAGGAGGAUCUUGUGGCGCUGGACAAGUGCGUCACGUUGACGGUAGCUGCGUCACCCCCCAGGUGACCCGCAACCUGUAUGUGUAUCGUGCCCCAGCCGUGGAGCCCAUCGAGGGGCCGCGCCCCCAAGUGCCCCCACCCCGCGUGGAGCACAACAUUGUGUUCAUCCACACUCCCGAGGAUCUCGCUGACCAGCAGCCCGUCGUGGUGCCUCCCCCGCAGCAGAAGAACGUGGUGUACCUGCUGAGCAAGAGGCCUCAGCAAGACCAGCAGGUGAUCCACGUGCCGGCACCCGAGCAGCAGGCGCCAGAGAUCUUCUUCGUCAACUACGCCGAUGGAGAAAACCCGUCCCUGCCCACCGGCGGCGACCUGCAAUCCGCCCUCAGCAAGGCCUCUCAGGGCAGCGCUGGAGGCGUCAUCGGCGGCGGCGGCGGCGGCGGCGGUGGGGGCAUUGGUGGAGGCAGUGGUGGCGGUUACGGCGGCGGCGGCGGCGGCGGCGGCGGCAGCGGCGGUGACUUUGGAGGUGGUUUCGGCGGUGGAAACAUUGGCAGCGGCGAGUACAGCGCUCCGGCACCUCCUCCCUCCAGCGCCUAUUCCCAGCCAUAAGCUGUUCCAUCCACUCUUGCGGUGUUGCUUGCGGCGGCACGCUCCCUCAUCUGUCUUUUGUAGUCCCUAACUUAUUGGUUCUUGUUUUGUCUCGUGUCGGCCUGACACGAUAACAGGGAAAUAAAUGUGACAAAUGUA